CCUUUCUACGGGUUAAAAGGAGCUUAAAAAAGAAAAGAAAAACCAGACAGUGACAGAGACAGUGAAAGGACAUAGGCAUGGCUGAUUUCACCUGGUAUGUACUGUCCUUUACUAGUUUGUGUUGUGUUUUUGUGUUGGUACAAGCUCAAGAUCCUCCUGUCUACAUUUAUAAAAGAGUUGGUGAUUCAGUGACCCUGCAGUGUAACAACGUGAUCAAAGGCUACCAACGAUGCUCCUCGGUCACAUGGGUCUAUGGCAGAGACAGUUCGGGGACAGUCGAGUUAGUGACUAAGGGAGGUUUGAGACAAGAUAAUCUCAGUGGAACCAAAGCCUCAAGACUGAGUUUGCGGCCUCAAUGUUUUCUGAAUAUCAGCGAUAUUAACGUUGGAGAUGCUGGACUCUACAGUUGUCAGCAGUACGAUUCACACAGCAUGUUUGGGGUGGAUGAAACCAUUUAUCUCUCUGUUCUCUCUGGGAUCACUCAGGAAGACGACUUCAUUUGUUCUGUGCAUAGUUAUGACGGAGCAUGUGGGGGUGUCAGUCUGAGAUGGUCAGACCAGGGGACAAGCGACCAGAUGAGUCAGCAGGAGACGCCGGGGCAAUGUGUCGCCCGUCGGCCGAACACACAACCCCUCGACAGCGCAGGGCUCCGCUGCCUUCUGAUGAAAGACGGCGUUGAAAAGACAUCAGUUGACUUUGCUUCAAAGGAUCAGAACAUUCACAGUCAAACUAACAUCCCCUCCGGGGCCCCUGGGGACGCCAGAAGAGCACAGGAAACAAGCAGAGCCCCCCAAUGUGUGCAGAAGACCCCGACACGAUGGGGUCCCCGGGGCAGGGGGAGCCCACCCAACGCCUGUCCUACGACCAGGGUGAGCCGGACGGGGGGUCUGCUCUACGCCUCCAUUGAACACAGGACUGGUAGUGGGAAGGCCCGGCCCCCCAGUGUGGAGGAGGGGGGCUGUGAGGGGGAUGACACAGCCACCUAUUCCACCGUUUCAAAGACCCCCACUAACAUCCCUGAGCAUUCAUGCAGCAGAUAAACAGAAUCAAUCAGAUUUAUAAUUAAUCAGAAGUGGAAGUUUAAUUGUAAAUAUUUUUAUCCAAAAAGCUGUGAAUGGAUGAUUCUGUUUUAUGUAAAGAGUAUCAUAGUUAUAUUUCUAUAUGCCUGAAAUUACGUUGGAGUUCUUCUUCCUUUGUUGUUGUAAAAUAACCCUGAUCUUCAAGUCUUGCUUUUCCAACUUUUAGUUAUGAUGUCUGUAUGAACCGAACUUUACUUACAAAAAAUAUAUAAUCGGGACCUCUUAAUAAUAUUAAAUGAUAUAUCGUACAAAUUAUAUAACCUUGUCAACAUUGUUACUUUGUUGGACACAGGGAAUGGGUUAACCUAGCGAUUGUUAGUGCUUUGCACUUCGUUCUAUGAACAUCCUUACUGUACCGUCAGCAAUAUAUUGUUUUACCUUCUGACAAAUGUACUUAUUGUAAGUCGCUUUGGAUAAAAGUUUCUGCUAAAUGCCCUAAAUGUUAAUGUAAAUGUUACUUUUUUAAAAGGCCUUUAUAUAAAUUGCACAUAGAGAUAGCUUCAUUUCUCGAAUUGAAAAGUGUAAAGUUAUUUAGUAUUAGAAUAGCCCUGGCAUUCUCCUGACUACUUUUGGUUGAUUUCUUAUUCCUCAAACCUUAUAAUAAUAUUCCAUUGUCUCAUUAAAUAUUCUAUGUCAAUCGCUGUGUGUGUCUUUCCCAUGAUCAUGCUUUAUCAAACCACACUUGUGUGUGUCCUAAAACAAAUUCAUUUUCAUCACUUCCCUUCCUCUUCACCAGUAAGAAGUGCUUUUGCUGCAACGACUAAUUUUAGAUUAAUGACAUGUUUCCAACCUGAUGAAAUAAUGCAGAAGAAAGGAGAAGAUGAGAGUUCCUUCUUUGUCUUCCUUUAUCUAACUAUCGCUCUUUCUUUGCCAAAGAUGGGUAUGAAUUAAAAGACAUAU